UUUGCGGUGUUUCUGCGCUGUUUCCGGAAAUGAAAGAAUUGACUUUUCACACAAACAAAAAAAGUUAUUUUUCCCAGAAAGCGUAAAAUUAUUAAUCGAGAAAUAGUGCAUACUUUAAUUUACCAUAGGCAGAUAACGGCAGACUCGCAGUUUGUCAUGAGUUUCUGAGAUAAGGUUUUAUCGAGCCGAGGCUUUUUUCUCGGAAAGUAAAGUUAAUGUAAAACUGGGAAGUCUGUGUUCAUGGUUUGGACAUUUAUGAGAGGGAAAUGGCCUUUGCGCAUAAUGUUUUGUUGUUGCUUGGGGUAGUAUGUUGUAUUGGGGAAACGAAAAAGAGGAAUGUACUUCUUAUCAUCGCGGACGACGCGGGCUUCGAGACGUCUGUCUAUAACAACACGGUGGUCCGUACUCCUCACCUGGCCGCCCUGGGCCUCCGCAGCCUGGUGUUUCAGAACGCCUUCACCUCCGUCAGCAGCUGUUCUCCCAGCCGAUCCUCCAUCCUGACUGGGCUGCCUCAGCACCAGAACGGCAUGUAUGGCCUCCACCAGGGAGUUCACCACUUCAACUCUUUUGACGGAGUGCAGAGUCUGCCGAUGCUGCUGGGCCAAGCUGACAUACGCACAGGGAUAAUUGGGAAGAAACACGUGGGUCCUGGACCUGUCUAUCCAUUUGACUUUGCCUACACCGAGGAGAACAACUCUGUGCUCCAGGUGGGUCGGAAUAUUACCCGGAUCAAACUACUCGUCAGAAAGUUCUUUCAGACCCAGAGGGAGGAAGUGGAGGAGAGGCCAUUCCUAUUGUAUGUAGCGUUCCACGACACCCACCGCUGUGGACAUUCCCAGCCGCAGUACGGAGCGUUCUGUGAGAAGUUUGGGAAUGGCCAGAGCGGAAUGGGCAGGAUUCCGGAUUGGAAGCCGGAAUACUAUUCACCGGAUCAAGUCAAGGUGCCCCCCUUCGUCCCAGACACCCCUGCAGCCAGAGCUGACCUGUCAGCCCAGUACACCACAGUCAGCCGACUGGACCAGGGUAUUGGUCUGGUUCUGGCUGAGUUGAGGGCAGCUGGUUAUGAGAACGACACCCUGGUGAUCUACAGCUCGGACAACGGCAUCCCUUUCCCCAACGGACGGACCAACCUGUACGGCUCCGGCGUCGCCGAGCCCAUGCUGGUGUCAUCGCCAGAACACCGCGAGAGAUGGGGAGAGGCCAGUCAAGCCUACGUCAGUUUACUGGACAUCACCCCGACCAUACUGGACUGGUUCUCCGUGCCGUACCCCACCUACCGCCUUCCUGGCGCCCCCAACACCCCCGUCGGCCUGACUGGACGCUCGCUGCUCCCGGCCCUCGUCACUGAACCCUCCGACUGGCACACCGUUUACGCCAGCCAGUCUCUCCAUGAGGUCACCAUGUACUACCCAAUCAGGUCCAUCCACCAGGGGGCGUACCGCCUCCUCCACAACCUCCACUACCGCAUGCCCUUUCCCAUAGACCAGGACUUCUACGUCUCUCCUACAUUCCAGGACCUGUUGAACAGCACGGUUGCCGGGCGACCGACGGGCUGGUUCAAGACCCUGCAGCAGUACUAUUACAGGGACCGCUGGGAGCUGUUUGACUUGCGGUCAGACCCGGAGGAGACCGUGAAUUUGGCAGGGGACUCAGCGCUUGCUCCGGUCCUGGCGAGCCUCCGAGACAGGUUGGUGAAGUGGCAGUGGGACACAGGCGACCCCUGGGUGUGUGAACCAGACGCUGUGCUGGAGGACAAACUGGAGCCCCGCUGUCGACCGCUCUACAACGGACUCUGACCUGGAUCUCCCCUGUCGACCGCUCUACAACAGGCUCUGACCUGGAUCCCCCAUGUCGACCGCUCUACAACAGACUCUGACCUGGAUCCCCCCUGUCGACCGCUCUACAACGGACUCUGACCUGGAUCUCCCCUGUCGACCGCUCUACAACAGGCUCUGACCUGGAUCCCCCCGUCGACCGCUCUACAACAGACUCUGACCUGGAUCUCCCCUGUUGACCGCUCUACAACAGACUGACCUCUUUCUGGACAGAGGCAGGGGGCUUCUGGUUUGACCCAGACCCUCUAAUUGGACAGCGGCGGAGGGCUUCUGGUUUGACCCAGACCCUCUAAUUGGACAGGGGUGGAAGGCUUCUGCAUUGGGUAACCGGUGAACAGCUUCCUUGCUUGACAACAGAUGGUCAAUUUUGGACAUUUUGGACAUGUAGCACGACUUUGGUCUUUUGCCCUUUUAACCAUUAGGCCUCCAGCUGCCCCAUCGAAGGGGGUUUGAUUGUCCAAGGACAGUGUAGGUUCCCACGCUAAAAUAAACAUUUUCACACAAUAUGAAAAUGCCAAGCAGGCCCAGUUGACCUUGAUUUGGAAUGAAGAUUGCAAGAGGGAAGUGACCUUGAGAAGAGGGUUCAUUAUAGGGUCUGUCCAGGAGGCCAGUGUCCCCGUCCACAGUUCACGAGGGGUCACGGAAUGGUUUGAUGAGUAUGAAAAUGAUGCACAUCAUAUGCUAUGGCCUUGGGUCAUUAAAGACAUAUUUUGGACGUUAUUUAGAUUUUACCUAUUUUCUCUAGAAGUGUUUAUUUUUUAUAAUUUAUCAACUGCUCAUUCAUUAUUUCCCAAUUAACGUUUUCAUUUCAUAAUGAGUCACUGCAUUCCUCUGCUAAGUCCAUUUAGGCUCCUGUACAUUGAAUGCAAAUGUACAGCAACGCUUAAAUUAUCUUUGGUCAUUGUAUUUGGCUGGUCAUUGUGUUUCUGCAGGUGAAAUAAAACCCCAUAACAGAGAAACAUUUAA